AUGUACAGGACUGUUCCUAAGGCCCAUGGCAAGAUGAAAGGUGGUGCCCUCACGAGCUGUGAAGUCUACCUUGGUGCCGCUUCCCCCUUCACUAUCGCUACCUACGAAAGCCCCGGCGAUGGCAAGUUCUCUCUAACCAGUGCUAUCUGUGGCGCUAAGAAGCUUUCUGCAAGUGCUUUGGGUUCUUCGGCUGCUACUAGAACGACUCAAGCUGAGGACUGCAAUGGUUUGCAAGAGGCCGAACGAAAGGAGUAUGCCAGUGGCAAGGCUCUCCACUCGUUAUAUGAGCAAUGCGACGGCCACGGUGAAUCGGAAUCCCCAUCCGAAGAGAAGGCCCCGACUGAGACCGAGAGCGAUGAAUCGGCCAAGUUGCAUAACGGAAUGAUGACCUACAGGACCGUCAGCAUUUACGUCAAGGACCUCGACUUCUCGAAUCCAGGGGGCUAUCACGCCUCUGGAGGAGCAUACAGCUACUCUGCUGGAGGGUACUCCUCCUCGGGUGGUGUCGAGCGAGAGGUUAGAAGGCUGUUCUCAUUCGAACUCACAUGUAAGGUCCCGGCACCAAGGACGAGAAAACAUGGCAAAGAGAUCCUCGCAUGUGAUAUAUAUCUCGGAGAGCGGUCGCCUUUCACAGUAGCCACGUAUAAGGCGUCCGACCCUGGUAACUUCACUCUCGUUACUGCAACGUGUGGUGGGAGUAAUCGAGCUGCACAUCAUGUGAAUGAAGGCAAUAGUAGCCGUGUGACGAGGGCGAAGGAUUGCGAGAAGCUGCAGGAGAAGGAGAGGGAGGAGUAUGACGAGGAGAAGGGCCUAGCUUUGAUUAACCUCAGCAUGAGUUGCGAAGACCUCAAACAGAAGGCGCGCGCCGCUGGUGACUUUGAGAGUUUUAUGGCUGAAAUGACGGGGAAGCCUUUCCGCAAUCCGUGCAAGAGGAAGCCUCUGGUUCGGCUUGUACGGUUUGAGGCAGAAAAACCGCAGAUGAUUUACGAGGAUACCCCUAGUAAACCCCUGUAUGUGAAGGAUACGAUUGCUUCCCUCACCACGGGUGACAUCGAUAAGUGCAAGCCAACUUACUACUGGUUGGACUAUCUCGACAAACCCGAGUUCAGUCUCCAAUGCGACAUCCCCGGCAUGAGAUCGAAGUCCUACUAUCCGCCUGUGGUUAACAGGCCGAGGGACUUGUCUCUCACUACACAAGAUAUCGAUUGGGCUCAACCGAAAAUCACGAGGUUCAAGACUAACCGAGUUCUCGAUCCUCUUAAUCCUGUGUGA